CUCUCUCUCUCUCUCUCUCUCUCUCUCUCUCUUCCUCUAUUUCGCUUCGGCUUCUUCGUCCAAAACACGCUUUUUUUUCGGCUUCUCCCAAACGCAGAAGCCAUGGACUGCUGCUGCUGCUUCAGAAGCUCCUCUUCCUUCACCAUCCCCCCUCCCAUCCCCGCCCUUUCUCUCCGCGCCUCCCAACUCCCUCCCAAUCUCCGAUUCCCCAGAUUGAGGCCCUGUAGCGUAGGAAGGCGUGUUGUGGCGAGAAGGGCUUCUGGGUCGGGAGAUAAAGAUGCAGUAAAUGAGUCUUCGAUCGUAUCCGUUAAGUUUUUUGUUGAGGAGGAAAUUGGAGCUGAGUAUGGAGAGGGUUUUGUGACAUUUAGAAUGGAUGGUCCUCUCAAAGUUGAUGUGGAUUAUUUGAAUAAUAAGUUGCAAGAGUGCUUUCUCCAGAGGAUAAGGCAUGCCAUGAAACCUGAUGAAGCUUUUGGGCUUAUUUUCUCAUGGGACAAUGUUGUGGCUGACACUCGCUCUCUAAAGUUGGAUGCUUGGAGACAGCUUGCUUUGGAAGAGGGGAAGGAUUUGCUUGGUGACGGCCAUGUACAAAGGAAUCUUCUUCAAGCAUCUGCGGAUCAUGUCCUAAGAAAGGUUUUGUGCUGGGUGGGGGAGGAAAGCGAGUUGGAACGACUGAAGUCUCGACUAGCAGAGUUGUACUACGAGAACUUCCUUAAACUUGAAGCCCCAAUGGACGGAUUAAAAGAUUGGCUUGAUGCAGUCCAUACGGCUGGCAUCCCUUGUGCCGUUGUGUCGUCCAUUGAAAGGAGAUGCUUGGUUGAGGCUCUAAAUCGGAUGGGGCUCACCAAAUAUUUCCAGGCUAUUGUGUCUGAAGAGGAUGGGAUGGACUCGAUAGCUCAUAGAUUUCUCUCAGCUGCAAUAAAGUUGGACCGAAAGCCUUCGAAAUGUGUGGUGUUUGAAGAUGAUCCUAGAGGCAUAGCGGCUGCGCACAAUUGUACGAUGAUGGCAGUUGCUUUGAUUGGUCCUCAUCCUGCGUAUGAGUUGGUACAGGCUGACCUUGCAGUUGCUCGAUUUAGCGAGCUCUCUGUGAUUAAUCUUAGAAGAUUGUUUGCCGUCAGAGGAUCGAGUUUUAUGGAUCUACAGAAGCAGCCUGUAGAGAACUCACCUCCUAAAAGAAGGCUGAGGAUAGACACCAUUUUUUAAUUUUAAUUUUUUUUUUUUUUUGUCUUUUACACCUUAGUUUCCUAGUGCUUUUUGUUGUUCUUUGGUUGUGUAUAUAAUACAUAAAGUGGGUGCUUAUGUGGCCUCAUUUGCAUUUAAUUUUCACCAUUUGAAUAUGUAAAUAAACUUACUGUUAUAAGCUGCUUUA